AUGCCAGGACCACUAAGAACCACGAAUAUAGUGUUCGCGUAUCCAGAUCCACCCCAGAGAGAAAAACCAAACCCCAAAUAUGCCCCUCCGACACCAAAACUCACUGAUCCGCAUCAACACUUCACGAAUCAGAGUCAUAUGGAUACUUCAUUGGAAUCGGUUCGUCCAAAGCCUUCCUUUUCUUCAAGAAUGAGCUGCAUGGGAGAGGUUAUCAAAUUGGAAGAGCAUCGACCUCACACCAGUCAUGGAGUUGCCGGUGAAAGGGCCUUGCAUCGUUUUUCUCCAUCCAACCCAUUGGUCAAGCAACAGGACCACAUUCAAACCCGUCCCUCAUCGCAAGUGAGCACAGGGAAUCAUCACAAACCUUCUCAGCCAGAAUCUUCUUCAGUUGUUGUUUCCUCCGAAAUAGCUCAUCCAACACAAGCCAACCCUCAGCAAGAGCCAUCAGAGGGACCCGUACGGAGUGUGGAACCCCAAUUACCUCAGGGCAAAAAAGCAAAAUCUCGAUCACUUCACACUUCUUCAAUUACUAUGAGUGAAUCCGUAGUGGCCGACGGAGAGACAGUCUUUUGGAAGCGUAAGAAUAGACACUCGAGAAAAGACGACCAUUUGAACAUUGGGCUUGCAGAAUACUUUGAGAAAAAGGACGAAAAUCAAGUUCAGCCCUUAUUGAGAAAGAAGGCACCUCCUCCAACACCCAGAAAAGAGACCAUCAGCCGAGUGAAAGCUGUCGAACCUCCACAGCCAAAAGAUGAGCCUCGAGUUUCACGUGUCAAGAGAUCUGCUCCACCUGCCAUUGCAGAGAAGAACAGAGGAAAAGCAAAACCAAAAACAGCCUCCAAAUAA